ACAGAGAGAGAGGAACCAUAGUUGGGGGAGCAUCUAUUUAUCUUCCGAGGAAUGCCUGAAAUCUUCGAGGCGAUGGGGACUGUUCUCCGGAUUAUUCUCUGCAUGGAUCAUACUACGUGUUAUUUCACGCUGUCGGUAUCGGUAUGAUUAACGUAAAGUUGGAUUACGGGAGUAUGGAGAGGAGGAAGAGCCUGUUUCCCUGGCUGGUACUCUUCACGGUGCAGUUCAGCCGGAGUUCACAGCAAGUACUCAGAAUAGGUGGUAUCUUUGAGACUCGUGAGAGUGAGUUGGUGAGUGUAGAGGAGUUGGCGUUUAAGUUUGCAGUGAGCAACAUCAACAGGAACCGGACCUUAAUGCCCAACACCACUCUGACCUACGACAUCCAGAGAAUCAACCUCUUCGACAGCUUCGAGGCCUCCAGGAGAGUGUGUGACCAGUUGGCUCUGGGUGUAUCUGCAGUGUUUGGCCCGUCCCACAGCUCCUCAGUCAGUGCUGUCCAGUCCAUCUGUAACGCCCUGGAGGUACCCCACAUCCAGACGCGCUGGAAACACCCGUCAGUGGACAACAGAGACACAUUUUACAUCAAUCUCUACCCAGAAUACACUGCAAUCUCCAGAGCCAUACUGGACAUAGUGACUUUCUUCAAGUGGAAGAGCCUAACAGUGGUCUACGAGGAUAGCACAGGUCUGAUGCGGAUGCAGGAGUUGAUCAAGGCUCCGUCUAAGUUGAACCUGAAGAUCAGGAUACGGCAGCUUCCACCUGGAGAGAUUGAUGCCAGACCUCUUCUGAAGGAGAUGAAGAAAGACAAAGAGUUCUAUAUCUUGUUUGACUGCUCCUACCGGACCUCCGCAGAGAUACUCAAACAGCUCUCGUCGAUGGGAAUGAUGACAGAAUACCAUCACUUCUUCUUCACUACAUUGGAUCUGUUUGCGUUAGACCUGGAGCCGUACCGCUACAGUGGGGUGAAUAUGACAGGUUUCAGGCUGUUGAAUAUAGACGACCCGUAUGUAGCUUCCACCAUGGAGAAGUGGUCUCUGGAGAGGCUUCAGGCUCCACCUAAACAGGAGAGUGGAUUAAUGGAGGGAGUCAUGACGACGGAGGCGGCGUUGAUGUAUGACGCAGUGUUCAUGGUUGCCGUGGCGUCACAGCGAGCCACUCAGAUGACGGUCAGCUCCCUGCAGUGUCACCGACACAAACCCUGGCGCUUUGGACCUCGCUUCAUGAACCUCUUCAAAGAGGCCCAGUGGGAUGGUCUGACAGGUCAUAUAGUCCUCAAUAAGACAGAUGGGCUGAGGAGAGACUUCGACUUGGACAUCAUCAGUCUGAAGGAAGAUGGCACGGCCAGGGGCUUUGUAGAAGGCUCCAGUCGUCUCACUAAAAGGUGGAGCAAGAUUGCGGUGUGGAACUCCUACACGGGUUUGAACCUUACAGAGACCAACAGGGAUAAAACCAACAAUGUGACGGACUCUAUGGCCAACAGGACACUGAUCGUUACUACUAUAUUGGAAAACCCUUAUGUGAUGUUUAAGAAGUCAGACAGGGAGCUGUCCGGUAACGACCGGUUCGAGGGCUACUGCCUGGACCUGCUGAAGGAGCUGUCCAACAUCCUGGGGUUCACCUACGAGGUCAAACUGGUGUCUGAUGGGAAGUAUGGUGCACAAAACGAUAAGGGGGAAUGGAACGGCAUGGUCCGAGAGCUCAUCGACCACAUAGCUGAUCUGGCAGUAGCCCCUCUGACCAUCACAUAUGUGAGGGAGAAGGUGAUAGACUUCUCUAAGCCCUUCAUGACUCUGGGCAUCAGUAUCCUGUACAGGAAACCCAACGGCACCAACCCUGGAGUGUUCUCCUUCCUCAACCCCCUGUCGCCUGACAUCUGGAUGUACGUACUACUGGCCUGCACCGGAGUGAGCUGUGUCCUGUUUGUCAUCGCCAGGUUUACUCCCUACGAGUGGUACAACCCUCACCCCUGCAACCCCUCAUCAGAGUUGCUAGAGAAUAAUUUCACCUUACUCAAUAGUUUCUGGUUCGGAGUGGGAGCUCUCAUGCAGCAAGGGUCAGAGUUGAUGCCUAAGGCCUACUCCACCCGUAUAGUAGGAGGUAUCUGGUGGUUCUUCACCCUGAUCAUCAUCUCCUCCUACACGGCCAACCUGGCUGCCUUCCUCACCGUGGAGAGGAUGGACGCCCCCAUCGACUCGGCUGACGACCUGGCUAAACAGACCCGUAUAGAAUACGGAUCAGUCAGGGACGGGUCCACCAUGACCUUCUUCAAGAAAUCCAAGAUCUCCACCUAUGAGAAGAUGUGGGCGUUUAUGAGCAGCAGGAAGAACACAGCUCUGGUGAAGAACAACAGAGAGGGGAUCACCAGGGUGCUGACCACAGACUACGCUAUGUUGAUGGAGUCCACCAGCAUAGAGUACAUCAGUCAGAGGAACUGUAACCUCACGCAGAUAGGAGGACUCAUAGACUCCAAGGGCUACGGAGUGGGCACACCAAUAGGCUCCCCUUACAGAGACAAGGUGACCAUCGCCAUCCUGCAGCUCCAGGAAGAAGGGAAGCUUCACAUGAUGAAGGAGAAGUGGUGGAGAGGGAACGGUUGUCCUGAGGAGGACAACAAAGAAGCCAGCGCGUUGGGCGUGGAGAACAUCGGCGGCAUCUUUAUCGUCCUGGCGGCCGGACUCGUCCUGUCCGUGUUCGUAGCCAUCGGAGAGUUCAUCUACAAGGCCAGGAAGAACUCUGACAUAGAGGAGUGUGUCUCUUUUAGCUCCGUCAUGGAGGAGCUGGGUAUCUCCCUGCGCUGUCACAAAACCAUCAGGCGAAGGUCACGACCCCGGGGACGAUCUGGAUUGGCCAGCGUCCUCUGUCACCCCAAACGCAUCCUGAGGAAAGAGACUAUGGCGUAGGGACAUCCUCGCCUAUGCUUUAAUGAACUGAGGAAAACUCUUGUUGUAACAGACUCUUAUUGGACCCCCCCCCCCUCUCCCAAGAUCUGUUUGUUUGUAUAUAUUGGACUGGAUGUUGUUUGUUUCUCUCUCUCUCUUUUGUUUUUUUGUGUAUAUGCAUAAGAGCAAAUGAAUAUUGAGGAUGUAUUGUUCAUCAACCAGGAAAUGAACAUUGAGGAUGUAUUGUUCGUCAACCAGGAAGUAGGAAUCUGACAGUUUGGAGUGGCGAUACAGUGCUUGGGUGUUUUAUACAUUUUACAGUGCUUGACUGGUUUAUACAUUUUGUGAAAAAGUGUAAACAGCUCUUUUGCCUCAAAAUACCAGAUCAUUGAACUACUAGAGAAGAAACAAAGUCCUGAAAGAAUGUUUCACUCUGGCUAAGGAGACUUCCAGACUGCAUGGUGUCUUUGAUGCAACAAUUGUAAAUGACAUGAUGGGAUAAUCCAGGAUGCUCUGUGAGAUUGGACUCCUCUGCUACUGAGGAUACUACCUUGGACCACUGUCCUUUAUUAACAAAUCAUUUUACGGCUCUGAGCCCGACUUCACCGGGCCACUCCAAACAAGGUACUUUGCCACUCCCCCCCACCCCGUCCUUUCAACUUUACCUCAGCACAAAGUGCAAUUUCCUCUCAGUCUGGUCAUGGGCUACUAAAUUUCCCCUGGGGGCUAAACAAGACAGACAUACAGGUUCUCAUUUCCGGGCCUUUGCCAACAAUAGAUCACGGGAUCGCUUUAGUCAUGUCCUCUUGACUACACUGUUGGCUUAAAUCCUACUGUUCAUCCAUGAAUUUGAAGUUCAUUGACAACUUCUGGGAGAGGUCUCAGUUUUACCCGUGCGAGCAAGUGUUCUCAGCCAUCAUCGAGGAGGCUCUUGUAAAACAUUGACUCAUAGACAGCCCAACCCUGGCCCAGGUUGUUCUUCCCAUUUCCACUAUAUCACAGCUUUAUCAUCGUACUACUACAGAUAACCAUAUUCCCAAGGGGUGUUGUGUGUAUUAAUGUUGUGACCAUAAAGUUAAUGUAAUCUGUAAUCUGUUAGUUCUGUUAGUUAUGUUACUGUUAGCCCAAUUGGGAAGCCCACUGUGGUAAACUCGCCCAGUGCUAUUAUUUCAAAUACCAUAAAUAUGGACACCACCGCUGUUUCCAAAGGGCAUAGAGUGCUUGGACUGUUAAAUAUCAAGGUAGAAACGUUUGGGGUCAAAGAUGGGACACGAGUCCGGAUGUUUUGGUUCUCACAUAGACUUGGCUAAAUGGCUCGAUCUCGGAUAAGGACAUGGGAUACUGCAGAUUACAGCAUAUUCACCUUGACUUUGUUCACAUUUUGUUCUGUUACAGCCUGAAUUUAAAAUGGAUUAAAUGUGAGAUUUGUGGGGGGUCACUGGACUAAUGUCAAAGGAGAAUAAUGUUUUUCAAAAAUGUUUAUUUAUUAAUUUUAAAAAAUGAAAAGCUGAAAUGUCUUGAGUCAAUAAGUAUUCAACCCCUUUGUUAUGGCAUGCCUAAAUAAGUUCAGGAGUAAAACAUUCUACACAAUACUAAAAUAAUUGACUGAGUGAAAAUAAGGAAGCCUGUACAGAAAAAAAAUAUUCCAAAACAUGCCUCCUCUGUUUGUAACAAGGCACUAAAGUAAUACUGCAAAACAUUUGGCAAAGCAAUUCACAUUUUGUCCUGAAUACAAAGUGUUAUGUUUGGGGCAAAUCCAAUACAGCACAGUGAUGAGUACCACUCUCAAUAUGUUCAAGCAUAGUAGUGGCUGCAUCAUGUUAUGGGUAUUCUUGUAAUCACUAAGGACUGGGGAGUUUUUCAGGGUAAAAAAAAUAAAUGGAAGGGAGCUAAGCACAGACA